CUUUCCAAAUAAAACGGAUCCAGCUGUGUGCGGCUGUGCGCCCUCAGUGCGUCACACUGCUCCGCUGCUCGGCAGACAGGCAGACAGAGAGGGAAGGAGGAAAAGAUGUCCGGUAUCAUGCUGCUGUUGGUAUCUCUGAGUUUGUGCUUGUUGUGGGCGACUGACGGCGCGGCGCGGAGCGGGGCACUGAUCCUGCGGGACGCCCUGGAGCGGGGCCCGGUCAGUCUGAACGACAUGUUCCGAGAGGUGGAGGAGCUGAUGGAGGACACCCAGCACAUACUGGAGGAGGCUGUGGACCAGAUAACUACUGAGAGUGCUAAAUCAUCUUUAACGUCACUGGAUCUGCGUUUGAACUACCACAAUGAGUCUAAGGAGAUGAUAAAGGAUGGAGACAAGGAGACCAUAAAUAAAACAGGAAACCUUCAUACUUCACACAUCCGUAUGGAGAUUUCUGGCAACUGGAACAGUAUGGAUCACGAAUGCAUGGUGGAUGAGGACUGUGGUGACCUGAAAUACUGCCUGUAUGAGAUUGAGAACUCCAAGUGCCUCCCCUGCAUCCCAACAGAUAUGCCCUGUACAAAGGAUGAGGAGUGCUGCUCAGAUGAGAUGUGUGUGUGGGGCCAGUGUACAGUCAACGCCACCAAAGGAACAGAGGGCACCAUCUGUCAGGGUCAGAGUGACUGCAGGUCGGACCUCUGCUGUGCCUUUCAACGGGAGCUGUUGUUUCCAGUGUGUAAUCCCAGACCAGAGAAGGGGGAGUCCUGUCUGAGCCACCCGAACCUGCUGAUGGACAUGCUGGCCUGGGACCAAGAGGGACCUCGCGACCACUGCCCCUGUGCUGAUGGCCUCCAGUGCAACCCUCAUGGGCGUGGAUCUGUUUGUGGAGAAUAGUACUGGAGAUGGAGAGAUCAUGAGGACGUUAUACAUAAUGCUGUCUGGGAGCUAUACUAACAUCCUCACUGAGCAGUCAUCAAAGAGCAGCCCACCUGCUGAUCAACACUUUAUAAAAGAAUAGGAUGUUGCUUCAGGACAGGACUUGCACUGUAUUAUUUAUGCUUUACUGCCAAUGUGUAUUAUAAGGAAGCAAAUAAAAGACUUGUUUUUAGUUUUUACUGAGAACCAAGAAAAAAGAUGUUGUGGUAUCCACUGAUUCAAUAUGGAUACAACAAUUUUUUUGGUGGACCGCAGCAAAGUGGAGCCUGCCCUAUAAACUCUAAAGUCUGUCUCUGACUGAGUGAGUGAUGAUGUUUUCUUAUUGGCUGGUUGAGUGUUGGAGUUUCCCCAUUGGUCGUGCUCUUUCAAAAUCAAUAGGCAUAAAAGUGUUUCACCUCAGCUGCUGAAUGUACCAGGCCUUUAUUUGAAGCAGGCUUAUAUUGGAGACAGACCUCUAUUUCUAAAUCCCUCUGAUUUUAAGAUCCAGUGUGUAGGAUUCAGAGAUGGGGACGUGAGUCAUUGUGACUUGGACUUGAGUCGACUCAAGUUGUUGUUUUGAUGACUUGUGACUUAACUUGACAAAAAAUAAAAGACUUGAGACUUGACUCGGACUUGGAAGUUAAAGACUCAGGACUUGACUUGAGACACGAUGACUUGAAUGACUUGAGUGUUAUUCACAUCAUGUUUUCGGUUAGAAUAUAAAAUUAAUAAAUUGAUUUAAAAAAUAAUAUUGAUUAUCCGGUAGGAGCGCAGGCUGAGAAUGGCGUUGUCAUGAUUGGAUCACUACCCUGUCAAUCUGUUUAUUGGAGAAACACGCCCUCUUAUAUCAGAUAGGCAUCAACAUGUCAGUGGGAGGGGCACCGAGAGUCAUUGUCUUCGGCUUUCGGAAUUACCAUUAUUUCGGCAAAAGAUGAACAGUACAGUGCAAGACAUGCGGCAUAAACAUCUCGGACAGCCAGACGACAACUUCAAACUUUGUUCGUCAUUUGAAGAGCCAUUCUGCCCAGUAAGUGCUUGUCAAUUAGUUAAUAUUAUCUGGUUAGUCGGUAGUUAGCUAAUGUUAGCUUGAUACGAUA